AACACUUUGGUGAUUUUGCCGCGUGCUGUUGGUAGUAGAGUUUUGUCUAAUAAACAAUGGCGUUCGUAGGACUGUAAUGGUGGCAUUCGAAUACUUAAAAUCACGAUUAUUUUUGUUGUUGUUUUCUUGACCGUGCGUCAUGACAACAAUAAAGAAGAAGUGGUCAAAAAGAUCAAAUAUCGUACAAUGACGUAACCACAUAUCAGCGUUCUAGUGCAAGUAAAGUAAUAAAAAUAAUGUCAGAAAAUGGCUUCUAAUUCAUACAGGGUGGAAUGGGUGGAAAUAAUAGAGCCAAGGACACAGGAGCACAUGUAUGCCAAUUUGGCUACGGGAGAAUGUGUAUGGGACCCUCCGGAAGGGGUGCCAGUCAAACGGACGGACUCGAAUCAGUGGUGGGAGCUAUUCGAUCAAAACACAGCACGAUUUUACUAUUACAACGCAACAUCACAAAGAACAGUAUGGCAUAAACCCACUAAUUGUGAUAUAAUACCUCUAGCAAAGCUGCAAACUUUAAAACACAACACUGAUUGCACCCCUGCACAGACCAGCAAUCAGGGUACACAAACCGGCGAUUUGGUGGCAAGGGGGCAAGUUUUGAGCUUAUCCGCCAGCACUCCACAGCUUAGACGUAAAUCUAGUGAUUUAAUAAGAAGCAGUAGUUUUAGUCAACGCGGCGCCGAAGCGCCUUUAUACUCGAACUGGCAUGAUACGCAUUUUUUACCGCUUGAGCAUUUUCUCUUAAACAACAGCCGCGACUCUGACUCGGAUCAUUCAGACUCCGGCAGUGAAUCUCUGACAGGUCACGAGCCUGACAAUGAGGACUCUGAUCAAUCAGAAGGUAGCUAUCUACCUCACAGACUAUCGCACAGACCCGUCGAAUACUUAAACUUGCCCACAUCGUCCACUAACGAUGCCACCUGCAACACAAAAGAACGUCCGCCAGCUCCGAUCCUCAUGAAGCCUUUGGCCGAGCCGCCCAUGCAACCCGAACGCGAAGCGGACAUGGAAAAAUUCGCCGCCGACAACCUGAACCUAGGCGGCAGAGGUUUAUUCAGACGCAAAGCCAGCGUCAGGGACUUACUCAGCUGGUCCGCGCGCAGCCUGCAGCGCCCGCUGCUCGCCUCCAGCAAGCCCGUAGCGCGGCAAGCUCUAGACAUGUUCCGACAAGUACAAAUGUAUAUGGGCGAUCGCAAAGCCCGUCCCGGAAUCUCGCUCAACUCGCUUCUGAUGGAGAUACUGGGCACUGCGCACGCGCAAGCAUUGCUGCGCGACGAACUAUUCGUGCAGCUGUGCAGACAGACCACGGAGAACCCCAGAAAGGAGUCGCUACUACGAGGAUGGGAGUUACUCACCAUUGCUUUAGCUUUCGUGCCGCCUAGUCCCGUUUUUCAGCCGGCACUGCUAGGGUAUUUGAAUCGUCACAGGGAUCCCACGUUCUCCAGGGUUUUCCCCGAUGUCAACCGAUGGCCCAUACAUGUACAGGUUAACCACUACGCAACGGUGGCAUGUCAGAGGUUGGAGCGCAUCGGUGCGGGUGGAAAGCGCUGCGCGCGCCGCCCCCAAAUGGACGACAUAGAAUCUGCGCGCAAACAAAUAUUCCAAGCUAGUCUCUUCGGCAACACGUUACGCGAGGUGAUGCAGCUGCAGGCAUCGCGCUGGCCGAACAAUAGGUUACCAUGGCCGCAGGUGGAGCUGUCGCAGCAAGUUUUGAAGCUGCAAGGUUUGACGACGGAGGGGAUAUUCCGCGUAUCGGCCGAUGUGGACGAAGUGAACCGAUUGAAGGCGCAGAUGGACAAGUGGGAGAUCAGCGAGGCCAGCGACGCACACGUGCCGGCGAAUCUGCUUAAGCUUUGGCUUAGAGAGUUGUACGAACCUUUGAUACCUGAUUCUCUCUACCCGGAGUGCGUAGCGGAACCCAUGACGUCAAGAAGAGCCUGCGACUUGGUUCUGCGCUUGCCCACACUGCACCGAUUGGUGCUGUGUUACUUGAUACGGUUCCUGCAGACGUUCAACAAACCCGACGUUAUUCAGCACACCAAAAUGGACGCCUCGAACUUGGCUAUGGUCUUUGCGCCCAACUGCUUGAGGUGCAUGGCGAGCGACCCGCGUACAAUGUUCGACAACGCGCGCAAGGAAAUGGCGUUCAUGCGCUGUUUAAUACUAGAACUCGACACGGACUGUGUGAGGGACAUGAUCUGACCCUAACCUCAACUACUUUUUUAUGUAAAUAAUUACAUAUGUAUUUAUACGAGUCUCAUUGUAACGAUUUUUUUUAAUUCGAAAAUUAGGCAACAUAUUCAUCGGCAGUUACAGUUUUUUUAUUAUUAUUCUACUUAACAAAUUGUGAUUUAAAU